CAGUGCUCCAGAGAAAGGCCGGUCUGCGGCACCCGCCACCGUCGCCGACCUCCCGCAAGCCCGUCCGUCUGUAUCUAGGCUUGAUUCCUGCUGCAACACCAUGGUCAGUUUCGGCUAAAUCAUCAGAGCAUGUUCUUCUGCCUUUGCAUUAUCACAAUCUUGGGAACUCUUUUGAGUAUUUUCCAUUUUAAGAACAUGGUCUUAUUCUGACUACUGGGAGGAAUUAACUUCUAAACCAAGGAAGGUUACUAAGGAGCUGUGACUAAUGAGAAUUAAAGGCCAUGGAUGAAGAUGAACUUGAAUUACAACCUCAAGAGCCAAACUCAUUUUUUGAUGGAAUAGGAGCUGAUGUUACACACAUGGUUGGUGAUCAAAUUGUUGUGGAGGUACAAGAAACUGUUUUUGUUUCAGAUGUUGUGGAUUCAGACAUAACCGUGCAUAACUUUCCUCCUGAAGACCCCGACUCCGUUGUAAUCCAAGAUGUUAUUGAGGAUGUUGUUAUAGAGAAUGUUCAGUGCUCAGAUAUCUUAGAAGAAGCAGAUGUAUCUGAAAAUGUCAUUAUUCCUGAGCAAGUACUGGAGUCAGAUAUAUCCGAAGAAGUUUCUUUAACACAUUGCACAGUGCCAAAUGAUGUUUUAGCUUCUGACGUUACUUCAGCCUCAAUGUCUAUGCCAGAACAUGUCUUGACACAUGAACCUAUACGUGUGCCUGAUGUUGGGAAUGUUGAACAUGUGGUUCAUGAUAAUGUAGUAGAAGCAGAAAUCGUCACUGAUACGUUGACAACCGACAUAGUUUCAGAAGAAGUGUUGGUAGCAGACUGUACAUCUGAAGCAGUCAUAGAUGCCAAUGGGAUCCCUGUGGACCAGCAAGAUGAUGACAAAGGCAACUGUGAGGACUACCUUAUGAUUUCCUUGGAUGAUGCCCGCAAACUGGGACACGAUGGUACCUCUGGAAUAACCAUGGACACAGAGUCUGAAAUCGAUCCUUGUAAAGUAGAUGGCACUUGUCCUGAAGUCAUCAAAGUCUAUAUUUUUAAAGCUGAUCCUGGGGAAGAUGACUUAGGUGGGACGGUAGACAUUGUAGAAAGUGAGCCUGAGAAUGAUCAUGGAGUUGAACUACUUGAUCAGAAUAGCAGUAUUCGUGUUCCAAGGGAAAAGAUGGUUUAUAUGACUGUAAAUGACUCUCAGCAAGAAGAUGAAGAUUUAAAUGUUGCUGAAAUCGCUGAUGAAGUUUAUAUGGAAGUGAUAGUAGGAGAGGAGGAUGCUGCUGUUGCUGCAGCAGCAGCUGCUGCUGUGCAUGAACAGCAAAUGGAUGACAGUGAAAUUAAAACUUUUGUGCCGAUAGCAUGGGCAGCUGCUUAUGGUAAUAAUUCUGAUGGAAUUGAAAACCGGAAUGGCACUGCAAGUGCCCUCUUGCACAUAGAUGAGUCUGCUGGGCUUGGCAGAGUGACUAAACAGAAACCAAAGAAAAGGAGAAGACCUGAUUCCAGGCAGUACCAAACAGCAAUAAUUAUUGGCCCUGAUGGACAUCCCUUGACUGUUUAUCCUUGCAUGAUUUGUGGGAAGAAGUUUAAGUCGAGAGGCUUCUUGAAAAGGCACAUGAAAAACCAUCCUGAACAUCUUACCAAGAAGAAAUACCGCUGUACUGACUGUGAUUACACUACCAACAAGAAGAUAAGUUUACACAACCACCUAGAGAGCCACAAGUUGACCAGCAAGGCCGAGAAGGCCAUUGAAUGCGAUGAGUGUGGGAAGCAUUUCUCUCACACUGGGGCUUUGUUUACUCACAAAAUGGUGCAUAAGGAAAAGGGAUCCAGCAAAAUGCACAAGUGUAAAUUCUGUGAAUACGAGACAGCUGAGCAGGGGCUAUUGAAUCGCCACCUUUUGGCAGUCCAUAGCAAGAACUUUCCUCAUAUUUGUGUGGAGUGCGGUAAAGGUUUUCGUCACCCUUCAGAGCUGAAAAAGCACAUGCGAAUCCAUACUGGGGAGAAACCCUACCAAUGCCAGUACUGCGAAUAUAGGUCUGCAGACUCUUCUAACUUGAAAACUCAUGUAAAAACUAAGCAUAGUAAAGAGAUGCCAUAUAGGUGUGACAUUUGUCUUCUGACUUUCUCGGAUACCAAAGAGGUGCAGCAACAUGCUGUUAUCCACCAAGAAAGCAAAACACACCAGUGUUUGCAUUGCGACCACAAGAGUUCGAACUCAAGUGAUUUGAAACGACACAUAAUUUCAGUUCACACGAAGGACUACCCCCACAAGUGUGACAUGUGUGAUAAGGGCUUUCACAGGCCUUCAGAACUCAAGAAACAUGUGGCUGCCCACAAGGGUAAAAAAAUGCACCAGUGUAGACAUUGUGACUUUAAGAUUGCAGACCCAUUUGUUCUAAGUCGCCACAUUCUCUCAGUCCACACAAAGGAUCUUCCAUUUAGGUGUAAGAGAUGUAGAAAGGGAUUUAGGCAACAGAAUGAGCUUAAGAAGCAUAUGAAGACCCACAGUGGCAGGAAAGUGUAUCAGUGUGAGUACUGUGAGUAUAGCACUACGGAUGCCUCAGGCUUUAAACGGCACGUUAUUUCCAUUCAUACGAAAGACUAUCCUCACCGUUGUGAGCACUGCAAGAAAGGGUUCCGGAGACCUUCAGAAAAGAACCAGCACAUAAUGAGGCAUCAUAAAGAAGUUGGCCUGCCCUAACUGUACUCCUUACAGUCUUUUGUAGAGAUACCCACCGUAAAACAGAAAAUUGAUUUUAAACGCAGUGUCAUUCACAUACAGUACUGUGUACAUUGAUUUCUGCUGUGUGCCAAUAGGAUUAUUGCCUCUAGUUAACUUUUCUUUACCUGUUAUUCAAGAUAGUGUUCUGAAUUCUUUCCAGUUUGUAUAGUGAGGAAAAGUGACAAAAAUUCAGUUGCUUUUAAUUCAUAGCCCCAGAAACUGUAAUGAACUUUACAGUCUUAGAAGUUUUACUGUUUAUUUAAAUACUUCAUUCACCUUCAUGGUAUUCUUCUAAGACUCUUGACUUAAAGCUAAAAUAAUUUAAGGUUGGUAACUCUAAAGAUAAUUUUUUCGGCUUUUCCUCGCACACAUAAAAAAUCUUUACAUACAACAGAGACAUCUGCUAAUAUAAAGGGGAGAUUGUACUGUCAGCUUUAAUUGUGAUAAAAAAAUCAUUUCCUUUGCCUUAACAUUUUCCGAUGACAUGACAGUGAAACUUCCUGUUUGAGCCGGACAUUGUUGAACAUGGAAGAAUAGUUAGAUUUGUAUUUAAUUUUCAUUUUGUUUAGCAGGCAAAUAUGUUUCCUUUGACAUUCUUUGUAUUGUUAGGUUUCUAGCAGAGCAAACUUUUAGAAAAUCUCAUUGAAAAGCUUUGCUCAUUCCUGUUCAUUUUAUUGUUCCAUUCAUGCUGUUUGUCUUGGAACAGUUGCAUUCUGAAAGUGAGGCUUAUUGUACACUAAAUUUUGGAAUCUUUUUGAGGAAAAUUAGGCUCACAAGAUCUUUUUGAAACUUGAUGUGUAAAUGUAGUCUAGCUGUGUGUUGCUUAUUUUACAUAUUUAUACACAAUCCCAAAUUUUAAAUCUGCAUGAAAAGUAUCAAAUUUACAGUAACCUGAAAGAUCUAGGGAUUCAUGACAGCAUUUUGUAAACUUGCUAUUCAGCGAGACUACUCUGGUGAAGAAAUAGAAGGAAAAUUAUUAAUUAUCCUUCAGGAUCUUUAAAGAGUAAAGGUACUUUAUUUUAAAUUUCUUUGGUAAUUGAGAAAUAGAAGAUGUUUCCAGAUAAAAUGUUUUUCCAUACAGUUUCAGCUUCAUGGCUUUGUAUUUUUCUGAGAAGCUGAAUGUGUAGACAUAACCACCCUCAGUUUUCUCUCUGAGCCCACCAGUGAACUAAAUGCCAGUAACUGAGGAUGGUUGCUAAUUAGCGAACUAAAACUUGGCAUAUUUUAGUGUGCUUUGUUCUGUCUUAGACAGAAAAGGCUACUGUUAGCAAAGUUUAAAAGUUGGCUUUGAUUAGAAGAUAAAGGUGUUUUAAAUAUACAAUGAAAACCUGAGGUCUGACAUUACCAAAUCUUUCACAGUUUUGUUUUUUUAUUGAAUUGAUGUAUUUUAAGCCGUUAUGAACAUGAAUAUAAUAUAAAAUGAAUUUGAGCAGUUAAUUAGAAUUUGGUUGCGUUAACAAUUUUGGAAAAUAAAACACUUUUUAGGUCCUUUAACAUAAGUGUUAGCAACAUAUAUUAAGAGGUUUUUCUUCUCACUUAAUAUCUACUUUGCUCCACUUCAUUGUGGUGUUACGUUCCAUUCUUGCUGUCAGGUUUUACCUUUUUCUGUGCCACUAAUAAUCAUAGCCAAGAGUUUUAUUUAUAGAGUAAGAAAUACAAAUAUUUGGUGUUGCAGCCUCUUAAGUACAAGUUUGUUUAAUUUCAUUAGGCACGUAGGAAUUCAAAUCUAUUGCUAACCAAAGCCGAGGCAUGAAUUUUGGAACCUUUGUGCUGAGUUAACUCCCAUACCUGGCCCGCACAUUUUAAAUGUCAUCCAUUGUCCUGAAUGCUGUUUUUUCCUUUUUUUUUUUAAGUCUUUUAAAUCUUCCUUGAUUUUGUAUUUUUCCCUAGAGUAAUACAAGAGAAAAUUUAAAAAAAUUGAAAUUUAAGAAUUUGAAAACAUUCCAUAAAAUUAAUAGAGAAAAUAUAAUUAGCCGUUUAAAUAUAUUUUAAGAAACAAACUGAAAGAUAAAGAACACAACACUUGACAUACUUCGUUUCUUUUACAUAGUCUGGAGUCAUCACAGUUGUUUUGUUUUGAAGCACAAUACUGAAACCUUUAAAAGACAACAAAGGGUUUGGUCAAGUGAAUAUGGUAAAACAUGUAUAAAAAAAUUGCAGUUACCGUUACAUACUAACAUUUGUUACAGGCUGGUUUUAUACUUAAGACAAUUUAAUUAGCGAAGCUAAAAAAGUAGUUGUUUCAGUUCAAUGCUUUAAAGAGGUACAGAUAUUUACAAGAACAUAAUAUAAGUUAUUGUUCUAUUGAAAUAUCCGAUUAAAUAUUGUAUGUUCCUUCUCUGUAUACAUUGUAAAAUAAGUAUAAAAUACUUUAAAAGAAAUUCACAUAGGGAAGUGUGACACUAUUGUAAAUGUGUACUUGAGAAUAACAUGCAAAAAUAAAAAUAAGAAUAUUUUCCUGUUAAUGAAUGUUUAGUCUGUUUGAUACCAGUACUAAGUUAAUGCUUUUU